UUUGAAAGCUGAAUGAUGUAAAAUAAUUUUAUAAAAUUCAAUUUUUUAAAACUAUGUUUUCUUUUUAACAUAUCGGAAAAUUACUUUAUACUUCAAUGUCUAUGUAAAAAAUAAUUUUUGAAUUUGAGAUUUGAAAUGGUGAAAUCAGCUAGAAGAAUACGUGUCUCAUAUACCCAAGAAAAUUUAGAAAAAGCUAUCACUGCCGUUAAAGCAGGGGCAUCAGUAAAUGAAGCUAGCAGAAAAUACAGAAUCCCUAGAUCAACUCUUUACAUUAAAGUAUAUUCUACAUUGGAUAUUCAUAAGCCAGGAUCUACUCCUCUUUUAUCUCAAGAAGAUGAAAAAAAAUUGAUCAAAUGGUUUGAUUAUAUGUUUACUUUGGAGCGACCUGUUACAAAAGACCACUUAAUAAAUAGUGUUGCUCUUUUGGCAAAAUUAUCAAAAAAGAAUAUUUACAAUGCUGGUAGACCAUGUGAUUAUUGGUGCGAAUGUUUUUACCGCCGACAUGGAAAUUUAAAAGAAAAAAUGCAAAAAAGUGCUGUGAAGUCAAAAUGCGAACCAAACAAAAUUACUUUGAUGAGGUGGUUUGAUAGAAUUUUAAAUCAAUUACAUGUGAUGAAUCUUACUGAUAUUGAUCCAACACGAGUGUUUAAUAUUGGUGAGACUAUUUUACCUCUAAAUCCAAAAAGUUCUCAAAUAAAUCGUAUUUAUGAGCGAAAAGGCUUAGUGCUCAUUGCAGGAAACGUUGUUGGACAUAUGGUUCCACCAAUGAUACUUCUUGAUUUUGAAUCUACGGAUGAUUUAACAAAGUCGCCUCAAAAUUGGGUCAUUAGACAAAGUCAUGGAGCUUGGCUAGAUUCGGAAAUUUUCAAAGAAUAUAUACAAGAUAUUUUUUAUCCUUGGCUCGUAAAAAAUAAUACUCAAUUUCCAGUUAUUUUAUACCUUGAUUCUCACGUUCAAUUUUUAACUCAACCUCUUACAGAAUUUUUUCAAAAUCGACAAAUAACUGUAUUUGUUUUACCUUAUAAUACUACGGAAUUUUUACAACCUUUGGAUAUUGGUUUGUUCAAGUUCAUUGAACAAUUUUGGGAAAAAAUAGUUCACAUUUUCAAGAUUGAAAAUAAAAUGGAUUAUGUGAGACCAAUCGAUUUUAUUCUUUUAUUAAAAGAAUUAUUUGAUAAUAUUAGUAUGGACGAGUUAAUGAGCGAAAGUUUUCAAAAAUCAGGACUUUACCCUUUAUCCGAUAUUGUAAUUGAAAAUACAAACCUCAGUUUACAAAAAGACGAAAAAGAAGAUGAUGAACGAAUUCAUCGUUCAUCAUCAUCAAAUACACUUUUAAAAUCAAUAGAAAAAUUGAUUGACCCUUUGACAUUAAGCACUUUUAGAUGUUUGUUAAAUGUUGAUAAAUGGGAGGGGAAUCCUGCAGAUGAAAAUCUUUUUUAUCUUUGGAGAAAAGUAUAUAAUAAAAAUAAAACUGGAUCUCAUUGCUCUAAGAAUACAAAUUUGAACGCGGAGGAAAAUUGUCUUUCAUCCAGAGAAUUGAGUUUCAAUGAAGAUAUAUUUGAUCUACCACUGCGAAGCGCAGAUAUACCUCAAAAUGAACAGCUUACUUCGUUCGAAGAAAAUAUAGAAAUACGGGAUGCUAACACUAUUUCAGAAACAUGUGACGUAGAAGAAUUCAUAUCUCCCAUAAAUGUGAUAGUAGCAAAUUCAAAUGACUCUUUGACAUUGGAUCCAAUCGAAUUUAAUUAUCCUGAAUUAUUAUAAAAGUAUAAUUGUGUAAAACGAUGUUUAUUCAAAUAUGAAAUGCAGUUAAUAGUCUAUUUUUGAAGUAUUGUACAAAGUGUAUAUUUUUUGAUUUGUGGUGCUACAGGUUUUAGUGCCUCAAUUGAAAUUUUAACAUAUAUAUAAUUUAUAUGAGUAUAAUCUCCAGUUUGACUGCGAAGAUGUUUCACUUCGUGUUGAUAAUUUUUUUCAUAUCGACUUAAAAUUGAAGUAUAAUGUGUUACGUCGUAAUUCAUUAUUAAAAAAUCUUUAAAUGCUCAGAGAGAAUUAAAUUAAAAAUACAUAAUAAAGAAAAGCUGAACG